AUGGCGCCCGCGAUCGUGUCCGACACUGCCCUUCCGGCCGUGGUUCCCGAGUCGAGCAUGACGCCUGCGGCUCAAGCACCAGUCAACAAGCUUUUCGGUCUGCAUGGAAGGACCGUCGUAGUGACGGGAGGAGCGCGUGGUCUCGGUAUCACGCUUGCCACUGCCGUGCUUGAGGCUGGUGGCGACGUCAUUUGCCUUGACAUUCUUCCCGAGCCUAGCGCCGAUGAAUGGGCGAACAUCACCAAGAUCACCAAGCUCUCGUCCACCCCCCAGCACGCAAGCUACAAGAAGUGCGACAUCACAAACGAGGCGGAAGUCGAGGCCGUCAUCCAGGCGGCCGCGGAGGAGGCCACUGCCAGAGGGAACCCGAUCAAGGGCUUGAUCUCGUGUGCCGGUAUCCAGCAGAUGAAGGACGCUAUCGACUACCCGGUCGACGGCUACAGGCGCAUGAUGGAAGUCAACGUCGUUGGCAACUUCACUACGGCCAAGCAUGUGGCGAGGGUGCUGAGGGACGGCGGAAAGGGCGGCAGCAUCGUCUUCAUCGCGUCCAUGUCCGGACAGAUCAUGAACAGGGGACUGCACUGCUCGGCAUACAACUCGUCUAAGGCGGCCGUCCACCAGAUGACCCGGUCGCUGGCCGUGGAAUGGGGCACGUACGGAAUCCGCGUCAACUCGCUAUCGCCCGGCUACAUCCGCACGGCAAUGACCGACGCUCUGCUGGCCGAGAAGCCCGAGGUGGAGGAGACCUGGAUGAGGGGAGCGGCGCUGGGCCGCCUGGGCGCACCCGAGGACUUCAAGGCGGGGGCCAUCUUCCUGCUGGCUGAUGGCAGUGCAUGGCAGACGGGCUCGGACCUGCGCAUCGAUGGCGGUCACUGCGCCUCCGCAUGA